AUGAUCGAGUUUGUUUUCGAUAAUAUCUCUACCGGGACACUUGGUUUAUUGGCAGUGGCAAAUGUUUCUCUCGCUUGUGAAUCUCGCAUUAAGUUAGAAUUUGUGGGCAAGCUGUGUAAUGUGGGGAGUCUAAAUUUAUAUGCUGGAGGGAUGGAGAUUUCUGACUCUGCAUUCUCUGCUCUGACUGGGAAGUUCCAUAAUUUAACCAAACUCACAUUGAGUGCAGACUGCCGUUUUAUCUCGUUUUUUCUUGAUAAUGCUGAUAAUCUUCAAGUCCUUACGAUCAGUGGCGGUGGUAAUAUCAAAGAAUGGAGGGAGCCCCACCAAGUUCCGACGUGUCUAUCAUCGCAUCUCAAAACUGUGGAGAUCGAGCCAUUCAAGUGCACGGAGGAAUGGUUAUUCAUAAGUUAUGUUCUGAGAAAUGCUGAAGUCCUGAAGUAUAUGAAGGUUAUCAAGCUUCGUUACUCUCCUAGCAAGGAUUUGGAGUUUGAUGCACUCAAGAGAAGAAUUUUACAGUUGCAGCCAGGUUCUAAGGAAUGUGAGAUUAAGUUCCUAGAGAGGGAUGUGAAUCAUAAUACCAAAGAGCUCUUUUAG